AUGGAGGGCUUGGUCAGGGAAUUCGAGCAGGAGCUCUGGCACCUGGAGGGCCUGGUGUGGGCCGUGCGGGGCGCCCUGGAGCAGGCGGGGUGCAGGUGGGUGCUGCUCGGGCAGGACAUGCUGUUCCUGCACGUGGGCCACCUCCGGGCCUUCCUGGCGCGCCUCGACCCGGCCGAGCCCGUGGUCCUGGGCAACAGGCUCAGGGGUUUCGGCAACGGCGCCGUCAUGGCGAGCCCCUGGGCGCAGAUUUGGUCGCGGGCGGCCGCCGAGCGCCUCGUCAGCAGCUGGGACGACAAGUGCCGACCGGAUAUCCUGACGCAGGAUUACCUCAAGCAGGGUGGAGGGGGCAGCGACUACGGCUUCGGGCACUGCUUCGGGGACCUCUCGCCAGCGGUGCCCUACCCCGACACGCGGGACGACGAAGGCCGCGACCGGUUCUACCUCUGGCCGCCCUCCCGCAUGGACGAGGGGAACUGGUCGCCGGGCCGCCUGCAAGCGAGCACCUCGUGGCCUGCGCUGCACUCGGGAGUUGGCAUGGCCAGGGGCAGCGAUGGGGAGUGGCUGUAG